GGCCUGCCAUGCUGGGAUCCUGUGCAGUGCUGCUCCUUGGGGGUCCAGGGCCGUGGCCCAGUCCAGCCCCAUGGGGAGAGAUUAGACCCUGUUCUGAUCUGAACCCAGCGGGAAGGACGCUCUGGGAGCCAGGAAGAAGGAGGGAGAGGAGAGGGUGGGAAUGGGGUGGGAAGAGAGAGAGAGAUCCCAAGGACCUUCCCAAGGAACAAGCAGAGCAGAGGGGAGACCCUCCCCAGGGAACAGGUGGAGCAGGGUGGAGAUCCUCCCUGGGGAACAGGCGGAGCAGGAGGGAGACCCUCCCUGGGGAACAGGAGGAGCGGGGGGGAGACCAUCCCCUGGAACAGUCAGAGCAGGAGGGAGACCAUCUCAAGGGAACAGGUGGAGCAGGAGGGAGAACCUCCCUGGGGAACAGAUGGAGCAGGAGAGAGACCCUCCCUAGGCAACAGGCAGAGCAGGAGGGAGACCCUCCCCGGGGAACAGGCGGAACGAGGGAGAGACCCUCCCCCUGCAACAGUCAGAGCAGUAGAGAGACCCUCCCAAGGGAACAGGUGGAGCAGGAGGGAGAUCCACCCCAGGGAAUUGUCCGAGCAGGAGGGAGACCCUCCCUGGGGAACAGGUGGAGCAGGGUGAAGAUCCUCCCUGGGGAACUGUCGGAGCAGGAGGGAGACCCUCCCUGGGGAACAGGCAGAGCAGAAGAGAGAUCCUCCCUAGGGAACAGGCAGAGCUGGGGGGAGACCCUCCCCUGCAACAGUCAGAGCAGAAGAGAGACCCUCCCCAGGGAACAGGCGGAGCAGGAGGGAGACCCUCCCUGGGGAACAGGCGGAGCAGGAAGGAGUCCAAGGCUGUGUUUGCUUUAUAAAUACACCCGAUGCUGCUCUGGGACAGCUGCUUUCCCAGCCAUCACUCAGCCGCUUAAUGACAGUUCAAAGCCCUUUUUUCCUGGGCAGCUGGGACAGUUCAUUUCCAGUUACUGAGGCACUUUCAGACUGGUAUGAACUGCCCCUGUGCGUACGGAGCUGGAGGCAGCCGGUCUGGGGAGGGCGCAGGCAGCACUCAGUCCCCCAGUUUGACUGACUGCCAGAGCUGGGUUUGCUUGGUGGGUGCUGGUGAUGGGGGCUCAUGCCCUGCCUGGAAUGGGACGUCGCUUUGCUUAUGCGGCAGCCAGCAAGAUAGAGCUCUGCCAGCACUUGAGGGUGGUUGGGGGCAAGUGAACUGCAUUGGGAGUGGGGAGAUUUCACCCCUUUCUCUCCCCUUUUUCUCCUUCCAUUUCUGGGCCUGAUCUGAAGAACCAAGAGGUUCUGAUCAGAUUUGGGAGGAUCGUCACUGGGAUUUAGUGCGCUCAGCAAUCCCUUCCAGGAGUGCAGACACCAGGCCAGGCCAGGCCACGCCAUAGAGAAAUCCUCUGCAUGAACACUGGGCAGGCCAGGCUGGGAGCUGGAAAGCCAGAGUGAACCACAGGGUCUGUCUGGGUCCAGCAGUUGCAUAAAAAAUUCCCCUUUAUAUUCAGCCCAGCCCAGCACAAAAUCACAUCUAAUUCCCUGCCCAAGGAGAAAUAAGAAAAUGGAAGGGUUUUAGAGAGAGUUAGACAGAACAAUGAAAACUUGGUGACGCUGCCUUGGUGAUGGGAGUCAGGGAGCAUGCUGGGAAUAGACCAGCAAUACCACUCUGCAGCGACUCCCGCCUCUUGCUUUCCUAGGCGUUCAGUGGGGAGCCCAGUACUGUGGGUCCUAUCCUACAGCAGAGGGGUCAGAGCGCCUCCAAGUGGCUGCAGGAGUACACAGCCUGAUUCUCAGCUGAGGAUCAGGCCCAGAGAGUUUGCAUUAGACCUGGGGGAGGGGAGAGAUGAUACCACUGGGGUGGGGGAACACCCCCGCCCUCCUGCUGAGCCUUCCUCCUACUUCAAUCAUGUUUGUUCCUCUCACUCACUCCAAAACAGGCAGCAGAUCUUUCUCCCCGCCAUGCGUCCAGGGUGGUGUUUCCCCACCUAGCUCCUCGCUCUACCUUCCAACAAAACUGAAAGGCAACACAUUUUAAAUUAACACAAGGCCAUACUUGUGCACCCAACGCCUAACUCACCUGUGGAACUGACUGCCACCAGAUGUCCCUGAGGCCAAGAACUCGCCAGGAGUUCCAAAGGGACCAGCCAUUUCUAUUGAUAACAUGAGCAUGAUGCACCCUUAUGUUACACAGGACACAGGGUGCCAACGCUCCUGCUUCAAGCCAGAGCCAGCUGCUAAGGCCUCAUUUUCCAAAGAGCUCAGGGCUGGACUUUCCUAAGCGCUCCGCUCCCACAUAGGCACCAAAGUUUAGAAAGUUCUUACCACCCAGCUUGCACCUCUGCUCAGCUGAUUUGAAAAUCUGGCCCAAACCGCUUGGGGAUUGGGAAGAACUUUGGGCAGGUUAUCCCAUGACAAUCAACUAAGGAGUAUCUUGCGCCUUUGCCUGAAGCCACUAGCACUGGCCACUGGCUCCUAGACGAAUCCGCCCUGGCUAUCCCGGCGGACCUAUCAAAGCCACCAAAACCUGCGUAACAUAAUCAUUAGCCAGACUUGUCUCCCCAUGGGCUCUUCAUGGGUCCAUCUCAUUCAGAAUUUCCACCCCAGCCUUAUUGCAUUGCUAGUUCCCGGAGCCACCAAUUAAAUCGCCCGCUGUCGCUUGCCUAAAUCCAGCUGAGGGAAAGCUGGACCCUGGGUUGUUUUUAAUAUCUGGUGAGUUGCUUUCUCCAAGUUUUUGACCUUAUGGGGGAUCAGAUCACCCAGGGAUUGAAUUCUAAGGAGAGCUCUGUGCCUUCCACCUUUCUGGCUUGAUACUGGGAGCAACAGGAGCAUGGGAAAGUCCAGGCUGGCCUCCCACUGCGAAUGAAUCCAUACCCUGGAAUAACGCCAUGAGCCCAGAUGCCACUGGGUUCCUGGGGCUGAUUUGCUAUGGACUCCAAGGCAAGGGGGCACUGGCAUUUAGGGAAGUUGAUCACCUUCCAAGGCCUGGAUGGGCUGAGCUUGGGGUGAGUGUGUAGCACUGCGGGGGUUGCGGGGGGAUUAGAGUCUUUGUGAGCUUGUCCCCUCAUUUAGAGGACGUGUUACGGUCUGGUCCAUGUCCUUGUGGCGCUAACCUCCCUGCCCCACACCCUUGCAGCUAGACCUCACUGCAGCUUAGAGGUUCAUGGGACCUUGAGUUCCUAGGGCAGGGGGGAAGGGCGAUGGAUCAUUGCAUCCCUUUGAUGCAGCUGCUUGAAGGCAUCCAACCCCCCUUGGCCAUCCAUGGGAAUCGGGCAUCUGACUCUCCUUCGGAAAGAUCCCCUUUGCUCUGCUCCUGUUGCGGAGCAGGGCAGAGGUGGAGGGGCAUCCCGUGUGUGGGACCCCAAAUCUGCCCAAGGCUGCCAGGACCACGAGGACUCAGCCAGGCACUGGCAUUGCUUAGCCAGAGUCAGCCUUACGCACUGACGCCCAUGAGAAGUGGGCGAGGAAAGGGAGGCCCAUGGAGUGCUACAGUCCCAUUAGGGGGUGGGGUGGGGGUAGGAGGGAGUGGGACAACUGAGCCGGGCUGCAUACAUAAGCAGCAGUAAAGUAAGUGGGACUAGACUGAGUCCCAUACCAGGGAGCCACCCCCGAGGAGGAGAAUGGGACAUCCCAGAUGCAGAACCCAGAGAUUGCACAAGAUGUGCACAAUCUAUGCUACUGGCCUCUCAUUUUGACAGCUUUAGCGGGUGGAGAUUGGGUUGUAGGUGGCACCUGGGAGAACUUUGCAAUCCUCCCUCUCAGAGCUAUUGUUUCAGGCUCUCUGCAUACUCAGGCAGACAUCAAUCACCAACUCACACUCAUCGCCACUGGCUUAUUGGGGAUGUUGUGGCCACUUCAUUGGCUUCCCACCCCAGGAGAGAAUCCCAGCCUGCUCUCCAAGGGCUGUGUCCUGUCCGCUCUUCCCU